AUGGACUUCAGAAAGUCAACUCAAAAUUUUAGUACUAAUAUAAUAUUAAUAAGGAACAGAUUAAAUAUUAAUAGAUUAGAAUCUAUAGCCAAGUUAUAUUCAUAUUAUAUUACAAAUGUUGCUUCUGAGCUUAAAUAUGCUAAUAUCAAUAUUACAAAUAAUAAUAAUGAAAAUCAAAUUGAAAAUCUUAUACGAAUUUUUCGAUUUGGUAAUCAAGAAUUUAAUGAAUUUGAUGAAUCUAACGAAUUUGAAUAUGAAGAAUCUGAUAACUUUGAUAAAGAUGAAAAUUUUGAAAAUGAAGAAUUAGAAUUUGAAGAAUUUAAAGAAUCUCAAGAAACUGGUAUCUUAAACAAUGUAGAUGAUUAUUUUAACUUUAAUAAUGAUGAAUUUCGGCAAGCAUUAAAUAUGAAUAUUUCAGUUGUUAUUAAACCGUAUGAAUUAGAAAUUAGCAAUAAUAAUACAAAAUUUGAUACUAAUGAGCUUUUAAAUACACUUUUAAAAAAAUAG